AAACAGAUCAGCCUUCUGCCAUCCAGCAUUUCAGCCUCAUCUCCGAGUACCAUUGUGUUGGGAUAAAAGCUAAGCAGGAAAUGUAUUUGUCUCGGUUCGUACAAACGUUGGGAAACUUCUAAUGUGGCUGAGGAAAGAGAUGUAAAGUGCGGUGUUCAUCCACUUGUUGAUUAAGACUCGCGGUUAGCUGACUAACGUUAGCUCUACCGACGCGCACUUAACACAAGACUGGACGAACCUCAUCUCACCUUCAGUAUGAGCACAGCGGAACCUUUAUGACUAACUGUUAAUCUGUGCUUCGGAUUUACGACUCGAAUCCGGGUGGUUGCGUUAUCGACAGUCAGUCGUGGUCUUAAAUAAUGGACAGCGCCUCGUCCAGAGGAGGAAACAAAGUAACGUUAGUUUAUCCAAGAGAUGUUCAUGUGCAGUAACUUCAACAGCUGCUGUUAACGUGAAAGGCUAUGUUGUGUAUGAAAUGGACACGAUCAACCAAUAUCCCGUAGACUCUGGCUUUCCCGAAGGAGAUCACAGGAUCUUUUACAGGUCGGACAGAUCUGGGAGUUUUGAUGAACAUCACGAUAAUGGUGAGGGAUGGAAAGUGAUGGAUGUGACUCUUACCGGGGGAGCACCCUGGGGUUUUACCCUGAGAGGUGGACUGGAGCACGGAGAACCUCUUCUUAUAACCAAGGUGGAAGGGGGCAGCAAGGCCGCGACCGCAAGACUGCAGGCUGGAGAUGAACUUGUCAACGUCAACAACAUUUCUCUCAACAGCUACAGACAAGAGGCCAUCUGCCUAAUCAAAAGCUCCCACAAGACUCUCAGCCUGAUAGUGAAAAGGAAGAUGAAAAUGGUGGAUAUUGUAGCACAGAAAAUGCCAUCAGAGAGUGACGUGCAUAUGGCCCGGAGCUUUCUCACGAAGAUUUUACGAAGUUCCAUGAGAAAGAACCGGUUUAAAGGGAGAAAUGAACCCAUGAGCAGACCUCACUCCUGGCAUGCCACCAAGUUCAACGAGAGCCACUCAGAAGCCAAAAAACAGUCCACACCCUCACCAGUCUGGCAAACAAGAAAUGAUGCAAGUUCAUUCUCCUCUGAAGUCCCAGCUGGUUGGGAGCAAACAAAUUUACGGAGAGUAUCUGAUCAGUUCAGCUCUUUGGGUAGUAUGGACAGCCUAGAGCAUAGCUCUCAUCCCUGUCCACCUGGCUGUCUUUCCCCGAGCAAGUCCAAUAAUAACAGCACUGAACAUUUGGGUGGUAAACGAGACUCUGCAUACAGCUCCUUUUCUACAAGCUCAGGAACCCCAGAUUACACACUGUCCAAAAUUAACGCUGCUUCCACUGAGAACAUGCUGUACAAAAUUAAUCAGUGGGACUCAAGUGGCAGGCACAGCAAUGGCAGACAUAACCAAAGCCAAAACCUAAGCGAUGGGGUACGACAAGAUGAGAGGCUUGGAUACUUGCAGCAUAUCACAAGUUCAGUUAGCCAUGAGGUCCCAAAAGCUGAAGAACAGCCAGGCACUCGGCAUUCAAGCUCUGGAAGAGUUGGUAUUGGACCUGUCUGGCAUGUCCCAGAUAUGAAGAAAAACACAGUAUGCUCCACCCCACCUCCCACUCCACCGACACGCAGUGAUAGUUUUGCAGCUACCAAGGUACAUGAGAAGGGUUUGAUCACAAGCUCCUCUGAGGGCCUUGGUGUUCAUGCCCAGUUAAAGCCUCAGGUAAAAGCCUUGCAAAAGGCAGGAGAAACUCAUGAAAGCAUGCAAAGGUUGCACCAAGUCAACGAGACAGGUCUUGAGGGUCGAAACGAUUAUAACCUGCCAUCCAAAAAUUAUUCCUCAAAAAAUCCCUACAUUUCAUCUGAUGCCUAUCAUCAGUGUCCACACCAUAUGUCAUCAGACAAGACAUAUUCCCUAUCAACGAUAGAUGUUAGAGAUAGAAAUCAAUCAUAUGCCUAUGUUCCAUACCAUCCACGACAAUACAGCGAUGAGGGCACUUUCCACGCUCAAACUAGGACAAUACCAGCACUGAAACCUCCAUUCAGUGGCUACUUUAGCAGUAUGCAAGAGCUGUCCACAAACAACCACAUGCAACUCAAUAGCCAGAAUCAAACUAGAAGGCCAACUGCAUCAUCCAGUCAUGUUGGAGUUACCUCUCAUCGUAUCGCUCAGGGAAUGUCUCAGGCUUCUUUAGUGAGAAGUGAUGACUCUAAAGCUUCUUCAGUCUCAGAAAUGUCACACAGUGGACGGGACAGGAUGUCUAUAGGUUCACAAGGAGGAGCAAAAGACAGCUAUUUUCCACCUCAGUCACAGCACCAUGAGACCGAUCAUAAAGACAAUAAUGCACCCUUCAAACAAAUUUACAUCUGUCAUCGCGAUUUCUCUGUUCCAAAUAAUCCCUUCAAUAUACCUGAUUCAGCAAAACCUUCUGAACUGAGGGGGACCCAAAGGCAACACCAUGUGUCUAGCUCAAAUGAGCAUUCUGGUAGUUAUCCCCCUAGUAAGCAACCCGAGCACAGGAGAAGUGCAGUUCAUCUCAAUCUUAAAGAGUACUCCCAGCAACCUUUUCCAUCUAAAAGCGAGUCAAAGAUAUGUCCCCAGAAAACACCUAUGCUGUAUUCUCUGGCCCAAGAGCACAAUGACGUGGAGGACUCUCAAGAUGAGGUCAACAGUGGAAGUGCACAACAGGUAGCCCUUGACAGUCAGAGUGGCAAGACGUCAAGACGAAGUGACCAAUUUGCCACCACCUUGCACAACGAGAUCCAGAUGAGGAGGGACCAACUUCAAAAGCGUCAAAGCUCAGCAACUUUAGAAAGUCCGGUUGAAGCUGUAGAAGAUCCUGCUGUCUGGAAGACCACUGGAACUUCUUCUUCCUCUUCGGAUGGCUGCUUUUCCAGUUCUUAUAAAGACCAUUUGAAAGAAGCCCAGGCCAGAGUCCUCCAGGCUACAUCGUUUAGGAGAAAAGACCUUGAGCCAGUCUUGUUUGAGCAUCCAGGUACUGAGGGUCCCACUUGGAAAGACACACUUCCACUUCCUGGUGUCUCAGAGGUCCCAGGGAGUAAUCAGGUGCUUCGCAUUGGUAACCGCAAACGGUUUUCUGCAGAAAGGAAAGUUAGGUCUUUUUCUGAGCCAGAUAAAAUUCAUGAAGUAGGAGCUAUGUGCAGUGUGCCUGAAAAUGCUGUACCCUUAGAAAAUCGGUACAGAUUAUUGGAGAGGAAACCAGCUUUCCCUAAGCCUAAACCAAAGCAAAACCUGCAUAUAUCUGAAGACACCAAACACUCCAAAUCUGGAGGCAUGCAUUAUUCUGCAAAGAGUGACACAGCAGGGCAGAGUAACAGUGAAAGCUCAACCCCUACAGAGCACCACCUUAAUGAAGGUCAAGCUGGCCCUCACUCUGUGAACCGACAAGCCAUACUAGAACAACAGCGACUUGGCACCUUUGCGGAGUAUGAAGCCAAAUGGAACAUCCAAAGGAAAGCAGCCGAACCAAGAGUAUCUGGACGAUAUCACUCCGCUGAUAACAUCCUUGAUACAGGGAAUGUGAGACAGAGUAACCCCACCAGUGUGCAUGAAAGAUCUAGAUCCUCCCCUUCUGCUGACUUCUAUGGGCAGAAACUUCCAGUUCAAGAAAAGAAGUCAGCUGACUAUUCCAAACCUGAGACAAAACUCUGCGAACGGUAUAAGAAUAGUGCAAGCCACUGGUUCUAUACAUCCAUCAGGUUACAUGAAAAAGGAUACAGUGAACUCGUAUGCAAGGAGAAACCAGAAGAACCUCCUUUGGCUUUGACUGAAGACCUGGAAAAAAAUACUUCAGAUCCUCCAUCCUGUCAUCAUAAAACUGCACUGCAUUUCUCUGACCACAGCACUCGCAGUGAACCUGCGAGUUCCAGAAACAAGAACUCUGUUCUCUUGCCCCAUCUGGAGAAGUACAAAUGCCCUGGGGGGACACCACCUCCUCUUAGCAAAUUUCAGGAGGUCCAGCCUGGAUCCCAAGGAGGAGUCUUGGCCUCACUUUCUCCUAUCAACAAUCAAAGCUCCGCCCCGCUUUCAGCCUCUGUUCCCUGGAAGGGUUCAGAGCACAGCAAAGGGCCAACCAGGGAGGAGGAGCUACAAGAAGAGCUUGUGCCUCCUCCCUUUCCACCUCCUCCCCCUCCAGCUGUCCUGCCCACUCAACAAACCGCUGGCCCGACCCAGCCCACCAUGGAGGGGCAGCGUUCACCCUCACCCCAGUUUGCUCCCCAGAGGCUGACUGACAAGCCCCCUGUCUCUGUCUCCAUACAGGAUGAAGCUCCUGGAAGGAUGGAUCGGGUUAAAGAUGAGAACAUGUCAGUGAAGAAAGUUCCCAUUAAGAUUGUUCACUUCGAGAGUGACACUGAAAAAGAAAGUCGACAAUAUCUCGACCUGUCCAUCAAGACCCCUGUCAGCUCUCAAGGACCCGGAGGAACUCCUCUUCAGAGUUUGGGGAACCCGGAUCAGUCAUACUCUCUGUUCUGUACUUACACCAGGCAAAAGGACCAGGGGCCUGGUCUGAGAGAAGCAGAUAUGGGUCCUCUGAAAGACCAGGGUCCGCAAACCAACAUGAACCCAGAAUCUUAUUCGUUACAUGGCCUGCAGACGAUCCCUUUAUCAGAUCAAAGCAGCAACGGAGUGUCUUCACAUCCCUCGCAGUCAGAUGAUGACAAAAAAACAAAGGAGCUGGCUAGAGACAUAAUGGACAAAGACAAGUCCCUAGUGGACAUUUUAGACCAGAGUAAGAUGAAGACCACCAUGGAUCUGAUGGAGGGGAUUUUCCCACAGGGAGAGCAGUUACUGGAGGAGGCCCAACAGCGCAGGAAAGCUGCACCUAAACCGCUCUCUCCUCGCAACUCUGUGGAGAAGAAAGAGGAGGAAAGCCUGAUGGCAGCCACUACUUUAGUGACUAAUUCAACCUACUACAGUACAUCUGCACCCAAAGCAGAGCUGCUGAUCAAGAUGAAGGACAUGCAGGAACAGAGUGUGGAACACGACUCCGAGGAGGAGCUGGAGGAGGACAAUGAAAGUGAUCUUGCCAGCAGGAAGCAAGAGUUGAUUGACAGUCUCAGCAAGAAGUUGCAGGUGCUGAAGGAAGCUCAGGAGAGUCUACAGGAGGAUGUGCAGGACAACAAUGCUCUUGGGGAGGAAGUUGAGGCCAUCGUACAGGGUGUCUGCAAGCCUAAUGAACUUGAAAAGUUCUGUAUGUUCGUUGGAGAUCUUGAUAAAGUGGUCAACCUUCUGCUGUCUCUGUCUGGACGCUUGGCUAGAGUAGAGAAUGCCCUGAACAGCCUGGAGGAAGACGCUUCACUGGAGGAGAGGCGUACACUGACAGAGAAACGCAAACUUCUGAUCCGUCAACAUGAGGAUGCCAAGGAGCUGAAGGAGAAUCUUGACAGGAGAGAACGGUUGGUCUACGACAUCCUUGCCAGCUACCUGUCAGAGGAGAAUAUGGCUGAUUAUGAGCACUUCGUGAAGAUGAAAUCCGCUCUUAUUAUAGAGCAACGAAAGCUCGAGGACAAGAUCAAACUGGGGGAGGAGCAGCUCAAGUGUCUGAUGGACAGUCUCCCAAUGGACCAGAGGAUAAGCAACUGAGGACUCAAAAGAAACAGUUCAUGCAGUGAUCCACAGCAACUCUCUUGACGUCACACUAAAUAACAGGGUUCCAAAGCAGUCCUAAAUGUGGUCCAUUUACUGCCAAUGAAAUUGUAUUCUGGUCAUAUAUUGAGUGCUCCUCGUCUGCCACGGUAGACAGCAUUUUGGCAUGACUCAUGAAGACCCUGAAAGUGCUGGGCACUUUUAGAUCGUGAUUUGACCAAAUCACCUGUCAGCUGAUCUUAUACUUUUUUAUGAGCUUUCAAUGAUACACGGCCAGUAGAAUUAUAUUGUGAAUUAAUAAUACAUUUUAACAGACGCUUUGAAUUUUUUCUCACAUCUGUUUAAAUAGGUCCAUGCCCUUUUUGCCCCUAUGUGCUUUCAAAAUUUGACACUCUGUAUGUCUCGCUCACUCACUGUGCUGUAUCUUUUUAACCACUAGAGGGCAAUGAACGACACCUCAAUUGCCUGAAUGCCAAUACAAACACUUGUGAUUCAAACAUACACUCAAAUCCCGGUGGCAUAAAGCUUUGCACAUGUAAGCUAUGUUUCUAUUUACACCAGGAGGUUGUAAUUAACUUCUGAAAAUGACUUUUUGAUGGUGCAUUAUUUCAAAUGACGUGUCACUAUCCUGGUCAUGUUAAAAAUAAAUCAAUUAUAUUUUUAGUAAUUUAUUUUAGCCUUUUGAAUCUUUGUAUAUAACUAGAAUAGGCUAGAAUUGUACCUUUCACUUUAUUUUAGCCAAGCAAACUACCACUUUGGUCUGCGCGCUUUUUAUAGAUGUAUUUCACCAUACAAUGCUUUGUUACAUCAGAAUUAGGAUUGACUAAGUUUUCUGCUGUUUAAAGAAUCUAGACUUGCAUAGACUCUAUUUCACUAAGGAUCCAGGGCUUUUCUAGAAAAUGCAAGCUGCCUUUUACUCCAAUGUGUAUGUCAUUUAUUAUUUCUUCUGUAAGAUAUUUGUGGUUUGAUGUUUAAUUUAUGGAGUUAGAACAAAUGAAUAUACUCAAGAGAGGAAAAAGGCAUCAUAUACAACUUACAUCUUACACAGCAUGUAAUAUAUUAAGCAGUGACAAUAUUGCAGAUAGCUAAUAAAAAGCAGCAACGUGUGUAUUGCAUUUGACAUUA